AUGCCAUCGUUGUUUUUCAUCGAAAAAGGCCCAGUUCCAAAAGCUCUUUCUGAUGCAGUGGCCUACGAGCUCGAAAAUGAUCCAGCUAACUACUUCUCACACGAGACUCACAAUUGCAAAGUCUACUCGCAAGUCUGGACAGUCAGUACUCUAGAGCUCGGCAAAAUGAACAGCCCAAGGUAUAUCUGCACUGAAGAAAAGAUAGAGAAUGCUAAGGGUUUGGGAUAUCCCGUCAAUGUAAAAGACAAGACCGCAAGGGUCAUCUACGUCUUCACCACCUUCAGACAGCUUGACUUCAACCCGUAUCGAAUGGACAGAUUCUGGGACGAUAACACCAAAAUCGGAGUCCGGUGUCUUCAGGUUGGAACUGUCAAAGUGCCGCUUGAGCCUUGUGCCAGCGUUAGACGCCGAAAUAUCGACGAAAACGCAGAAUGUCCAAGUUCCCGAAUCAACCUUGAAGUCAGAGCUCAUUAUGUCCCACCCAUGCUCGACGAAGUGAUGGAUGUCUCUUGUAAUCUUGUACGGGAGCGUUCGAAAUUGCAGCUGUUUCUUUACCUUGAAUUCAGAAAAGUCGGUGCCUAUUUGUGUCCCUGUCGAGAAAGUAUAAUAUUUGAUGGGUAUAAAAUUACUCUUGAGGAGCAUCGACGAAUAAUAUCCAGACUGGGCGAAAAGUGCAAAGUCGUGGAGGAAGUCCGAAGCUUGAUUUUGAAAGAGUCCCCUCUCAAAUUCCACCUUGACGUUGACAAUUUUCGUGGGGAUCCUUCCACCUUCAUAGGGUACGAAGUGUUGUACAACUGCUUUCUUCCCACACUUGGUCCAUCCUACUACUCUGCCGAAGGAAGCAGAACUUACGCUAUCAGGCAUGAUUUUGAGGUACAAUGUGGGAAUACCGAAAAGCCCUGUUCCACGCUUUUGUCCGCCACCUUGCCUAUACAUGUUGGUGUAGAAGAAGAGCCGGCUUUUAUGGCAAGACCCAGAGAUUCAAAGGAGCAAGACUACUUCCAUCUUGAGUACUUUGCCGCCGCUCCUCUGCUUGUCGAAGACGUACUCGAGAGAAUCAACACGAAAUGCUCAGAACUCACCGUUGAAUACAUUGGUCACCAUGUGAGUGUUGUGAACCGAGGCGAUAAGGCGGUUGCGGUGUUUACUAUUGCUCUCUCGUACCCAUUGCCCGAAAUAAAACAGUCUUUAGCAGGUACAGAAAGCGGCGACGAUUUGGCGUUGGUUGCAACUCAAGAUGGUUGGGUAUUGAAGGAAACAGUGGAACCUCAGCCCAUUCAAAUCGAAUUUGCAUUUUCAAAGCAUUUGAAAGUGCUGGACGGCGCCCAUUUACACACAAUCAAAGCCCGUGACGACCCGUUGUGUAACCGUUACAGGGUCAAUCCGUACUACGGUGGUAGCGCAUUUGUCAAACCGGGUAUGAGCUUGGACAAUUAUUUGAGUUUCGAGAUUUACGAUACUACGAAAAAGGAAGUGUUUUAUCAUUGUACUGCUUCACAUUUAUGCAUUCUCGAAAAAACAGUUUUCAUCACACCACGGGGCUGUGUGAAAAAGAUCAAUGCACAUAGGUUGUGGCCGCUCAAGAGCUGGAGACCCGUUCUCACUAUGGUCGAUGGAAGAAAGGUUGGAUUCUAUGCGAACAUUUUUGAAGGCUUCGAAGUUCCUGACCUUUUACCGUCAGUUCGCUCCUCCACGUUCCAUAGAAGCUAUGAAGUUUACGUAUCUUUCGGAGUUUUUGAAAUGUACUGGUUGUCGGCAGCCGAAAACAUCUUGCAAAAAUGGGUGGAUAUGUAUGUUUGUGAGAAGAACGGGGUUCACUUUGCAGAGAGACUGCCUGGUGAAGAAAGACUGACCAAUGAAAAGAAUUUAUAG